AUGACAAGAUUCAAUCCUUCUUUAUUAUCGGUACUAUCACGAUUUAAUAUAAGAAUUGACAACCUAAAGGAUGAGUCAAUGAAGAAGGUAACAAGUUGGUUUGCAAAAGAAGGUAUGGAAGAAGGGCUAAUAGUAUGUGUGGUGGGAGAAGGGCUUAUAAUUUAUAGUGGUUAUGGACUC